AUGAAUUUUUUCAAGAAAGUCGACCCGAAAGAAGAGGCGCGCGCGAAUCAGCGUGAAAUUCGAAAAGCCAAUCGUGAAUUGGAGAGUGAUCGACGGACAUUGGAACGUCGUGAAAAAGAAUUGGAAGCUGAAAUCAAAAAGCUAGCCAAAGCCGGCCAGCGAGAUGCCUGCACCGUUCUGGCCAAGCAGCUCGUCCAGCUCCGCAACCAGAAAGGCAAAAGCGUCGGGAUGUCCGCGAAGCUAAGCGGUGUCCAGGCCCAAAAUAGUCAUAUGCAGAGCAUGCAUACUAUGGCCAAGGCUAUGGAUACAACGGCAUCCACCAUGAAGCAGAUGAAUAAGCAAAUGCCUGCCGACAAAUUGUUGAAGCAGAUGAAGGACUUCCAGGAGCAGAGCGAGCGUAUGGGGCUCACGGAGGAGAUGAUGUCCGAUACGCUGGAUGCCAUUAUGGACGAGCCGGGUGAUGAAGCCGAACAGGACGCCAUUGUCGCGCAGGUUCUCGACGAGAUUGGCAUCGACAUGAGCGCCAAGCUAAACGACAUGCCAUCCGCUCCCAAACAACAGGAAAAGAACACGGCAAUGACGGACACCGACCUCGACAAAAUGUUGGCCCAACUGCGAGGC